AUGGAUUUGGGGAGGGUUGGAAAUGUGGGAUAUUCCGGGAUUUGGCGCUUUUUGGGGUUCCUGAUGGGUUCUCCUUGUGUUUUCCAUGGGUUUUUCCUCCCGUUUUUGAUUUUGUAUCCAUUAAAAAUGGCGAUGAAAAGGCAAAAAUCCCAUUGGUGCAACACACUGGGAUUUGGGGAUUGGGGGUGUGGAAUAUUCCAGAAUUCCUCACUUUUCCUGUCAAUUCCCCCUUGUGUUUUCCAUGGAUUUUCCCUCCAGUUUUUGAUUUUGUAUCCAUUAAAAAUGGCGAUAAAAAGGCAAAAAUCCCAUUGGUGCAGCCCAGUUGGAAUUGGGGAUUUCAGGUGUGGAAUAUUCCAGAAUUCCUCACUUUUCCUGUCAAUUCCCCCUUGUGUUUUCCAUGGAUUUUCUCUACUUUCUUUUCUUUUCUAUCCAUUAAAAACAGUGAUGAAAAGGCAAAAAUCCCAUUGGUGCAGCCCAGUCGGAAUUGGGGAUUUGAGGUGUGGAAAGCCCUGGAACAAUGGAAUAUUCCAGGUUGGAAAUGUGGGAUAUUCCGGGAUUUGGAGCUUUUUGGGGUUCCUGAUGGGUUCUCCUUGUGUUUUCCAUGGGUUUUCCCUCCAGUUUUUGAUUUUGUAUCCAUUAAAAAUGGCGAUGAAAAGGCAAAAAUCCCAUUGGUGCAGCCCAGUUGGAAUUGGGGGUGUGGAAUAUUCCAGAAUUCCUCACUUUUCCCUGUCAAUUCCCCCUUGUGUUUUCCAUGGGUUUUCCCUCCAGUUUUUGAUUUUCUAUCCAUUAAAAAUGGCGAUAAAAAGGCAAAAAUCCCAUUGGUGCAGCCCAGUUGGAAUUGGGGAUUUCAGGUGUGGAAUAUUCCAGAAUUCCUCACUUUUUUCCUGUCAAACUCCUCCCUCUUGUGUUUUCCAUGACUUUUUCCCUAUUUUCUUUCUGUAUCCAUUAAAAACAACAGCGAAAAGGCAAAAAUCCCAUUGGUGCAGCCCAGUUGGAAUUGGGGAUUCCAGGUGUAGGAAGCAUUGGAAUAACAGAAUAUUCCAGAAUUCCUCAUUUUUCUCUGUCAAAUUCUUCUUUUCCUUGUGUUUUCCACAUUUUUUUCCCAGUUUUAUUUUAUAUCCAUUAAAAAUGGCGAGAAUCCCGUUGGUGCAGCGCGCUGAGAUUUGGGAACUGGAGGUGUGGGAAGCCCUGGAAUAAUGGAAUAUUCCAGAAUUCCUCAUUUUUCUCUGUCAAAUUCUCCUUCUCCUCGUGUUUUCCAUGAUUUUUCCCUCUUUUAUUUUGUAUCCAUUAAAAAACAAUGACAAAAAGGCAAAAAUCCCGUUGGAAUUGGGGAUUCCAGGUGUAGGAAACAUUGGAAAAAUGGAAUAUUCCAGAAUUCCUCACUUUCCCACAUCAAUUCUUCUCCUUGUGUUUUCCAUGUUUUUUUUUCCUGUUUUGUAUCAUUAAAAAUGGCCAAAAAAGGGCAAAAAUCUCAUUUUAAGAUCCGGAGGGACAUGCUGGGAUUUUGGAGCUUUGGAAUAUUCCAGAAUUCCUCAUUUUCCUUGUCAAAUUCCUCCUUGGAUUUUCCAUUAUUUUCCCCUCGUUUUUCUCUCUUUUAUAGUAAUUAAAAUCAAGGACAAAAAGCAAAUUGCAAUUUCCCCCAAAAUUCACAUUUUCCUCCCAAAAAUCCCUGGUUUUCCCCCCCCC